UAUACUUCGAUCAAGUUUUAUUUACAAAAAAUGUGUAACGUUGCUAAAAGAAAGCUAUCAAGUAAAACUUUAACAGAAAAGUACAAAAUACUAAAAGAACUCUAAAAAGGAGAAUCAUAUGUAUCUAUAUCAAAGAAAUAUGACAUUCCUAAGCAAACAUUGUCUGGAUGGUCAAAAGAAAAAAAAUAAAAUAUAUUCAGAAGUCGAAAAAAAUAAAACUUCUGCGAAAAGAGUGCGGAUGGGUGUCUGCCUAAAUGAGAAUUUGCAUAAAGCAUGUUAUAUGUGGCUUUUAAAUACCCGACACCAAAAUAUUCCUGUCUGGAACCAUUUUCAAAGUCAAAGCUUCGCAAUUUGCAAAAGUACUUGGUUGUGACAACUUUCAAGCAUCCGAUGGAUGGUUAGAUAGAUGGAAAAAAGAAACAAUGUAUUAAAACAAUAUCAGGUGGAAGUAAAGAUGUUACUAAUAAAUUUACCGCUCCUUGGUUUUUUGCCGACAAUAUUCUCUCGUUAUAACUCGCAUGAUACAUUCAAUGCAGAUGAGUUCGGUUUGUUUUAUAAAACACUUCCAAAAAAAAUUAUGCAUUUGAAAGGUGAGAAAUGUAGUGGAGGUAAGAAUUGCAAGAUAGGACUAACUGGGCUCGCUGCAGCUAACAUGUGUGCAGAAAAACUUCCAAUGUUUGUUAUUGGGAAAUCAAACAAACCCCGUUGUUUUAAAGGAAUUAGAAGCACUCAAUGUUGUAACCAUGCGCAAAAACAGAGCUUGAUGACCUCUGAACUAUUCGAGGAGUGGGUUAGAGAAAACGACAGAAAGUUUGAAUUAGAAGUCCGUAAGGUAUUAAGGCCGUAUUUAUUAAGGCCGUAGCAUUGGUUAUUGAUAAUUGCACCGCCCAUUCGAAUAUUGAUAAUCUUAAAUUGGUCACACUCUACUUUUUUGCCCCAAACACAACUUCAUGUUUGCAGCCGAUGGAUCAAGAAGUCAUUCGAUCGUUGAAGUGUAAGUACCGAAUUUAUUUAAUUAACAAGAUCAUAAAUGCAAUUGAUAACGGAAAACAAAUGCCUUCAAUCUCCAUACUUGAAUGAAAAUGCUUGUUCAUUCUUGGAAUGAAGUUUCAGAAAUUUCAGUUGAUCAGUGAAGGCAGCGUGAUAAGGAUCUUGUUUCGGAAGAUUUUACUUACGAAGAUAUGUUAACAAUUGAUGAUGACGUUUCGGUUAUGGGAGGAGUGAUGACAGAUGAAGAUAUUAUUAAAGAUAUCGUUGAGGUAAAUGAAGAAGAAAUGCAAGAAGAAGAAGAAAACGAAAUGUCGGAUGAAACGAUGACAAAGCCAACGACUAAAGAACUUCGUAAAGAAAUUGUUACCCUUGUUAAUUUUUCGAUGUUUACUUAGAGUGGUGAAAUUAGAAGAGAAGCUUUGAAUGCUUUAAAGCUGUUUGAAAAAGAAUUGUGCGACUCACUGAAACAAACAUCAAUUUCGGCCUUUUUUUGUUUAUAGUAUAUAUUAUAUAUUCAAAAAUAUAUAUUUCACAUAA